AUGGUGGUAAAUAAUUUUUCCAUUGUAAAAUUAGGAAAUUCUUCAAUACCAACAACAGGCUAUCUCUAUAGAAUAAGAGAUGCGGAUUUUGCAGCUCUUCGCAUUAUGAAUUUGGAUUCUAUUAUAACAACUGAAGAUCUACAGUUUGAGUAUCAACUCCAGAAAGAUCCAAAUGAUAUAGAAUCGUGGCUACGGUAUUUGAGAUCCACCACUGAAUUGAAGAAACAAAUUUUCAUAGCUGAGAGAUGUUUACGUUUCAAUGAAACCAAGGAGAUUUGGUUAGAGUAUUUAGAGAUAUUGGACCAUUGUGAUGAAGAACUUGUUAAUAAAGCAUUCCAAAGAUGUCUUUCCAUGUAUAAGGAUAAAGAAAUAUGGGUGAAGUAUCUUGGGAAAUUGAAUAAACAAACAGAUGUAAGAUUCAUAUUGAAUGAGUAUAUUGAAUGUUUCAAAACAGUUGAUUUGAAAGACCAUGGUGAAAUAUGGAGCUUGUGUCUUGAAUUUGUUGACAAGAUAUCUAAAUAUGAUACUGAGAUAGCAGGGGAGAUGAUGAGGAGAUUUUUAAGUUACGGGGAUUAUGAAGUUGAGCAUUUAUUCAAAUAUAUCAAAUGGACUAGGGACUGGAAGUUUUUUUAUAACGAAGAAAGACCUUUUGAACAAUGGGAUAAAUUAUUAUCCUUAGGAGACGAAGCAUUUUGUAACAAAUACAUUGAAAAAUUCAAAGAUCAAUAUUCCAAGGGAUACUUACAAUUGAUAUCAAUAGUCAAAAAUAAGAAAGAAUAUUAUGAAAAAGCAUUAAAAGAUUGCACCACAGUUUACGAUUUCACUCAAAUAUAUGAAUCAUACGUUGAGUUCCUAGAACCAGAUGAAAAUAGUGAUGACAAGGAAAUUGAUAAAUAUGAACAAUUGCUCAAUUCAAGAGAUUUAAUGGUUAAUGACAUUUAUUUACGUCAAGAUAAAGAGAAUCUAGAUGUUUGGUUUAAGAGAUUUGAAAUCUUCAAAGAUGAUUUACCUCGAUUAUUAAAGUCGUUUGUUGAAGCCAUCACUACAGUUAAUCCAUUGAAAUGUCAUUCUCAAAUACAUAAAAUGUCAGAUAUUUGGAUUAAGUAUGCUAAAGUUUAUGGUGAUGGAGGGGAUUUCAAAACGGUUGAUUUGAUUUUUGAAAAAUCUACAAAGUCCAAAUUCAAGAAUGAUUUGGAUAUAGUGAACAUCUAUAAAUCAUGGUGUGACAUUUAUAAAGAUAAUGUACCUAAACAAUUGGAAAUCUUACAAUCAGUAUUAUUUACUAAUAAAGUAAGUAAUAUAAAUUUAUGGGAGUAUUAUUUCGAAAUCCUUGAAAUUAAUGUUGAUGACAUUAAACAAAUUUUGGAUAGUUAUUAUAAGAUGAUUGAAUUGAAAAGAGCAACACCUCGAAUGAUCAUAAAUUUCGGUAAUUUCCUUGAGUUAGAAGGAGAAUUCAAAGAAAUGUUUAAGAUAUUCGAUAUUGGGUUGAGAGAGUUCAAAGAUAAUGAAAUCAAAUUCGAACUUUAUAAUAUUUAUUUGAUCAAGUUAAUCAAGUAUAGUGAAGAUGUUGAAAGAAUACGGGAUUUAUUUGAUAGUUGUUUAAAUUUGAAAACGAAGGUUUCAAGUAAUUUACUCGAACCGGUGGUUAUCUUAUAUUCUGAAUUCGAAUUCAACCAAAACCUUUAUUUGAAAGCUUUCAACUUACUUAAUGAUUAUUUGAUUAAUCAUCCCAGUGUUAAAGUACUAGAUAUUAUCAUCAAUAAGUUCACCUCGGUAGAUAAACUAAUGAUAAGGAAUAAUAUUGAUAAAUGGUUAUCAUUGAAGUGGUCUAACAAAUCAUUAGAACUGGCGAUUUAUAAGUUAGUAGAUUUUGAGGUUGAUGAUAAACAAUAUGAAAGAGCUCGAAGCUUAUUCAGAUAUUUGCAUGAAUCAAUAAAUUGUGAUUGUCAAAGGUGGGAACAGUUUGAACUUGAACAUGGAGAUGAGAAAGGUUUCAAAGAAAUGUUGAAAUAUAGAGUAGUGGUAGAACCUAUUGGAUUUGUUAAACAAGUAGAUAAUAGUAAUCCUGAUGAAAUAGAUUUGGAUAUGUAG